AUGCUCAGAGGGAUUCACUUCACAGUCAGUGCUAAUGCAUCAUGUACGUUUGAGCUGUUAGUUGUGUGCUCAUAUACUGUUGUUCUGUGUUUUGUGAUAAAAAAUUUGCUUGACAGGCCGUCCCGGAUAACGCCAGCUAUGUCCAAAGCCUCUUGUGGGGCACUUGAGUCAUUUCGAGUCGUCCGCGUUCCCUCUUUCGCAUAUUUCUAUGAGUCAAUUCAGACUUUGAAGUCAGCGGGGGCGUGGUUCGUUGGCACCUCAGAUGCGGAUUCCGCCCCGAGAUACGGUAAACCAUUAAUCGAGCUUAGAGAUCUGGAGAUACGACCAGAAGAGAAAAUCGUGGUUGUUCUUGGCAAGUUUUUUUUAUUA